AUGGCGAUUCCUGUGAUCGAUUUUUCCAAGAUCAAUGGUGAAGAAAGAGAGAAGACACUGUCUGAAAUCGCUAAAGCUUGCGAAGAAUGGGGAUUUUUUCAGCUGGUGAACCAUGGGAUUCCAUUGGACCUUCUUGAUAAAGUGAAGAAGCUAAGCUCAGAUUGCUACAAAACCGAGAGAGAAGAAGCAUUCAAGACCUCAAAUCUAGUGAAGUUACUCGACGAAUUGGUUAAAAGAAACUCCGGCGAAAAACUCGAAAACGUCGAUUGGGAAGAUGUUUUCCUUCUCUUAGAUCAUAACCAAAACGAAUGGCCAUCCAACACUUCUGGCCUCAAGUAA